AUGGCUGCAGCGUGGUUCCUGGUGAUGGUGGCCUCGGGCCUGGGCUUGGCCAGAGCAGGUCCUGUCCCCACCCCCAAGCCCCAUUCAACAGGGAGGGGCUGUGACAUUGGCAAGUUCGAAUAUCUGCUACCAACGGAGUGGAAUGCCCUCAAGAAAGCCAAGGAUGCCUUGGAAAACUCACUAAAAAACCAGAGCUGCAGCCUCUGCCUCUUCCCCAGACCCUGGACAUUGACACAGCUACAUGUGUGGGAGCGCCCUGUGGUCUUGGAGGCUGAGCUGGCCUUAACACUGAAGGUCCUGAAGACUGUGGCUGACUCAUCCCUGGAGGACAUCCUGGACCAGCCCCUUCACAUGCUGCGCUACAUCCACACCAAGCUUCAGGCCUGUGUGUCAGCUCUGCCCACCUCAGGCUCCAGGCCCCUCCUCCAGCACUGGCUUAACCAGCUCAAGAGAGCCCCAAACAAGGUGUCCCAAGAGUGCCUUGAAGCCACUGUCACAUUCAACCUCUUCCGCCUCCUCAAACGGGACUUGAAUUGUGUUGCCAGGGGAGAUCUGUGCAUCUGA